AUGGCAUGCCAGGUGUCGCUCAUGGGCGGCAGCAUUGGGUUGCUCAGCACAGAGGGUCACGGCACCACCCUGCACAUCGCUCUGCCCAUACCUGUUGCUGCUGCCACUGCUGCCCCAGCUGUGUGUGGUGACUCCUCUUCGGCCAGCGCAGAUCUUUCUGGGCCGGUGGCGGCUUGUGCUGCGUCUUCCUCUGCUGCUAUGAGGGAUGACACAACUUUCCCACAGGCAGUGGAGACAACGAGUGUGAAGGAUAGAUUGGAGGAGUUGCUGCAAGGCAAGGCGAUUCUGGUGGUGGACGACAACUCCAUCAACCAGCGGGGGGCAUGCCAUUUCCGUCCUUCCGUUCUCAUCCAAUUCGGGGCUCUAUCAGAUUUACCCCCUGUGUUGUGCAGGUGUGGUGGACGACAACUUGAUCAACCGUCUCUCAUAUGUUCUCUCUCUGUCAAUCCUCCCUCUCUAUCCAUCCACCAGGAGGUGGACGACAAUUUGAUGAACCGCCCUUCCGCUAUCAUCCCCUCACAAACCUCAGAUCCUCCCUGCCUCUAUGCAACAGGUGGUGGACAACAUCGCCAUCAACCGCAGGCCAUCUCUGUCCAUCCAUGCUCAUCCCCUCUCUCACACCCGUCCCUGUACCCCCUGUGCCCCCAGGUGGUGGAUGACAACGUGAUCAACCGGCGGGUGGUGGACGGCAAUCUGAUCAACCGGCGGGUGGCAGCGAGCACGCUGGCGCGGUACGGGGCGGAGGUGGCGCUGGCAGAGUCGGGCGAGGCGGCGCUGCGCCUGCUGCAGGCAACCCACUCCUUCCGCCUCGUGCUCAUGGACCUCCUCAUGCCCGGCCUUGAUGGCUUUCAAACUACUGCCCGCCUGCGCGCCUUUGAGUCCCAAGCCCACACUGCUCAAGGGGGGGUACAGGGGGGGCAGGGAACAGAGGAGUCGCAGUGCAUUCCAGAGGUGGGGGAGAAUGCGGCAGAGGGUAGUGAAGGGGGCUGGCAGUGUCAGCAGCGCGUUCAUGUGGUGGCCAUGUCAGCAGAUGUGGACGGCAGUGUUGCAGCCCGUGCUACAGAGGCUUGCAUGGAUGGUGCCGUGCAAAAGCCACUCAAUGAGAGAAUGCUGCUGCAGGUGCUUUCAACACUGAAUGGUUUGUAA